GUGGGUGUUAUAAUGCUAGACUGAUGUGAUAACAGCUGGAUUGAUACAGAGGUAUCUUCACCCAACACGUUUCAAUGGCUCUUUUUUCUGUCUCCUCUCUCUACUCUUCACCUUCUCCUCGUCUUCAACUUCACCGGCAACAUUUUUUCUUCCUUUCUCAACCAAUCACUCCUUCUCCAUCUCCCACAACCGCUUCUUCAGCAACCGAUUCCACUUUCACUCCAACUUCAUCUUCCAAUUCCACUCACAAAGUCGUCGUCACCAGAGAACGCGGCAAGAAUUCCAAGCUUAUCACUGCUUUGGCGAAACAUGAAAUCAAUUGUUUGGAGCUUCCACUCAUUGAGCACCAACGGGGAGCAGAUUUUGACAGGCUUCCUAGUGCAUUAAGUGAUAAUGCUUUUGACUGGGUUGUCAUAACUUCUCCUGAGGCUGGUUCAGUCUUUCUAGAGGCAUGGAGAGCUGCUGGUAUGCCUCGUGUCAGAAUAGGCGUUGUUGGAUCAGGUACUGCUAGCAUUUUCAAGGAAGCUUUGCAGUCAUCGAACCAAUCACUUGAUGUUGCCUUCACACCAUCAAAAGCAACUGGAAAAGUUUUGGCUACAGAGCUUCCCAAAAUUGGAAAUAAAACCACCAUUCUAUAUCCGGCGUCUGCAAAGGCUAGCAAUGAGAUUGAGGAAGGACUUUCAAGUCGUGGAUUUGAAGUUACAAGAAUGAAUACAUAUACAACGGUACCAGUUCAACAUGUUGACCAGAUGGUUCUAAAGCAAGCACUUGCUGCCCCUGUUGUUACAGUAGCUUCACCAUCUUCAAUUCGGGCCUGGAAGAAUCUAAUCGCAGAUUCCGACUGGAGCAAUUCUAUUGCAUGCAUCGGUGAGACAACUGCUGCAAUGGCAACAAGAUUAGGCUUCAGAAAUGUGUACCACCCAACACAACCAGGCCUUGAAGGCUGGGUAGAAAGCAUCCUUGAAGCAUUAGGAUCCUAUGAUGAAUUAUUGAGGUAGUUCUGUGCCCAUCAUAGCAACCUGGAGAUGUUUCCAGCUGUUUCUUUAUGCUGCAUAAAUUAUGCAGCAUAUUUGAUUAAUGUAUUGAAUUGACAUUAUAGAUGGAUUUACUUUCUUUGUUCAUU